CAUGUCAACAUUUCUUCCGUCAGCGGGCCUAGAUCCCCAGCAUUGCUCAUUGCUCCCAGGUCUACUGUCGUUGGUGGCGGACGGACCGCGCGCUCCACCCAGCGAGCCUGACGUGGAAGCAAAACAGGACCUGGACAGGCGGACGCUUGGGCACACGAAGGCAAAAAGCGGGCAGAGCAAGAGCCAAAAACCCUGCUUAGGGCGUUCUGAUAUAGAGCAGGAAUCGCCCCAAGCGGGUCUUAUCGAUAAGCCGGGAACGGUUGGGGUUCCCGCCUCCCCCGCGGCCAGCAAGCCUGGAAUCUCCUGGGACAGAGUUGCUGCUGCUGUUUCUUUUCUCUUCCUGAUCUUUUUCUGAUCUUUUCUCGCGGGGCUCUCACCUUCAGCUUCAGGGAGAUCUGUCUCAGAUUCUUCUCAUUGUCCGGGUUUGCUUGUCUUACGGUUAGUUCUCAGCCCUAUCUUCUUAGCGUCACAUACUUGCUCAAGCCGUAAUGGUCGUCCACGACCGGCACGAGUACCUGACCGCGGAGGAGAAGCGUCUCAAGGAGGAUCGGGAGCGGACCAGGUACUGGAAAAAAUGGGGUCCCUAUGUGGCAGAGAGGCAAUGGGCUACAGUCCGCGAGGAUUAUUCGGAGGAUGGUGAUGCAUGGAGUCACUUCUCACACGAACAUGCCCGGUCGAGAACCUACCGCUGGGGUGAGGAUGGCAUUGCAGGCGUAUCAGAUACGCAUGGACUGCAGAAUAUUGCCUUUUCCUUCUGGAACGAGAAAGAUGACUUUCUCAAGGAACGACUGUUCGGUCUCUCUAACCCUCAGGGAAACCAUGGUGAGAGUAUCAAGGAGGCUCACUUUCAUCUGGACAAUACUCCUUCGCAUUCCUACAUGAAAUACCUCUACAAGUACCCUCAGAGGAAAUUUCCCUACCAGGAUCUCAUCGAUGAGAAUGCUCGACGUGGCAGGCAGGAUCGUGAGUACCAGAUCCUGGAUACAGGUGCAUUUGAUGACAACAGAUACUGGGAUAUCUUCAUCGAGACUGCCAAGGAGGGCGAUGAUGAGGAGGAACUCAUGUUUCGCGUCAUCGCCUACAACCGCGGUCCUGAGCCAGCGCCACUUCACAUCAUCCCACAGGUCUGGUUCCGGAACACCUGGGGAUGGGGUUAUGAGAAAGGACUCGAGAAACCGUCCAUCAAGCAGGCUGGCCCCUUGACUGCGGAGUCCAACCAUCACAAGCUGGGCACUCGAUAUGUGCAGUUCUCGCCCUCUCCCGCUGUUGGAGGCGGCGAACAGGAUGUGCAGCCUCGGUUCCUGUUCACUGAGAACGAGACCAACAAUGAGGUUCUCUGGGGAACAAAGAACGCCCAACCCUAUGUCAAGGAUGCCUUCCAUCGACACAUCGUCGAUGAAGAGAAGAGGGCGGUCAACCCAGAACAACAAGGAACCAAGUUUGCUGCCUGGUACGCGUUCGACGAGGGCGAUGGUGUUCCUCCCGGAGAAUGCGCUGUCGUCCGAUUCCGUUUCUCGAGAAAGAAGCAAGAGUUUAUCAACGAAGAAGUUCUUGACGAAGUAUUUGAGCAGCGUAUCUCUGAGGCGGACGAAUUCUUCUACCGUAUCAACCCUCUCCCAGUCUCGGAGGACCUGAGGAACAUUCAGAGACAGGCUCUUUCUGGCAUGCUCUGGACCAAGCAGUACUACCAAUUCAUUUGGGACCAGUGGGCUAAUGGAGACCCUGGCACAAUUCCCCCGCCGCCGGGAAGGAAGAAUGUGCGAAACCAGAACUGGAGACAUCUAUAUAUCGAUGAUGUCCUGUCUAUGCCUGACUCCUGGGAAUAUCCGUUCUUUGCCGCAUGGGAUACUGCCUUCCAUUGUAUCCCUCUGGCUAUGAUCGACCCUGAGUUUGCAAAGAAGCAGCUGGACAUUCUUACUCGAGAAUGGUACAUGCACCCGAACGGACAGCUUCCUGCGUACGAAUGGAACUUUGGUGAUGUUAACCCACCGGUCCAUGCGUGGGCUACUUUCAGAGUGUUCAAAAUUGAGCGGAAGAUGUAUGGUCGACAGGACCUUGACUUCCUGGAACGUGUUUUCCAGAAGCUACUCUUGAACUUCACCUGGUGGGUGAACCGAAAGGACUCUGAAGGCAAGAAUGUCUUCGAGGGUGGUUUCUUGGGUCUGGACAAUAUCGGUUUGUUCAACCGGUCCGAGCCCUUGCCUACUGGAGGAGUUCUCGAGCAGGCGGACAGCACCGGUUGGAUGGCGUUUUAUUGUCUAUCCAUGCUCAAUAUUGCUCUAGAACUGGCUAAGCAUCGCCGCACCUAUGAAGAUAUUGCGUCGAAGUUCUUCGAGCACUUCAUUCUGAUCAGUGAUGCAAUGACCUUCCGCGCUGGGGAGAAGGAAUCCUCCCUCUGGAACGAGGAAGACAACUUCUACUAUGAUGCAAUCUCCUAUGGUGGUCCCUGGACCCAGCAGUUGCCAAUUAGGUCGUUGGUCGGCUUGAUCCCACUCUAUGCUGUUUCCACCUUGGAGCCGGAGCUGAUCAACAAGUUCCCGUCCUUCAAGAGGAGAGUCGAGUGGUUCGUCGAGAACAAGCAUGACGUCGCAGAGCGCAACAUUGCCAGCAUGCAGCGGCGUGGAAAGGAUGACAGAUUGCUCCUGGCUCUGGUGAGCAAAGACAGACUGGUGAAGAUCCUUAAGCGCAUGCUCGACGAGACGGAAUUCCUGGCGGACCAUGGUAUCCGUUCCAUGUCCAAGUACCACGAGGAACACCCUUAUUCGAUGGAAGUCAACGGACAGACGUUCAAAGUUGGCUACGUUCCCGGUGACUCGGACAGCGGCCUCUUUGGCGGCAACAGCAACUGGCGUGGUCCAAUUUGGUUGUGUGUCAACUUCCUACUUAUCGAGUCUCUACUGCGCUUCUACAUGUUCUACGGUAACACCCUUCAGAUCGAGUGUCCCACCGGCUCUGGAGAGUAUAUGCAUCUAGGCAAUGUGGCUGAAGAGAUCCAGCAUCGUCUUCAGCACUUGUUUGUCAGGAACGACGAGGGCCGCCGAGCCAUGAAUGGAGGCAGUGACCUCCUGGAUUUCGAUGAGCACUGGAAGGACUACCUGUGGUUCUUCGAGUUCUUUGACGCGGAUACAGGCCGAGGUCUAGGAGCGUCGCACCAAUGUGGUUGGACUGGACUGAUUGCGAAGAUUAUCCAUGACACUGGAAUCAACUGUCGUCUCCCACAGACACCUCGAACUCCAUCCACUGCUGCAGCUCACUACUUUGACGAUAUAUUCUCCCGUUCAGCGAAGCCCAAUGGUUCCCGUACUCCACGCAUCCGUCGGUCUUCCACUAGCCGCUCUAUUGGAAAUCGGAGCGACUUUGCUACGACCAUCAAUGGCGAUGCACUUAGCACUAACGGCGAUGAUAUUGAUGAGGGUGGUCUUGCUGAUCAGGCCGCUCGUCAGGAGGCGGAGCAGCAUCUCAACAACUACGUCGCGAACCAGUUGGAAAGAGUACGCCGUCGGGAAUCCGUGGCCGACUACGAGGACGAGUUCGAGGCGCAGCUAGAUGGAUCUCCUAACGGACGCUGAACCAACCUACAUUGAAGCCCGGAGCAGAUGCGUCUCCCACUUCUCAAAAUCAGAUCCCCGGCCAUCAACUAAUUGAAUCCACCCGCCAUAAUAACCGCCAGCAUAGCUCUUAGCAUUCCGUAUCCGGUCCUAUGAUUCACGCUCAAGCCAUACACGCGCGCCAAAAGUCAAGCCUUUUAGCACGACUUAAUCCGAG